AUUAUAAUCAAUUUUUUUUUUCUUCUUCACUGGAGUCUAAUUUUUAUUGAUCCACUUUAUCAAUCGAUUUGUCCCAGGAGAAAUAGGAUUAGAGAUUUUUAUUUUCUGCAUAGUUAAUAUAAACAGUAGCAAUUAAUUUUAAAAUCAAUGCAAUUGAUCUAUAGUGUAGAUCUACAGGAUCAUCAUUAUCAUUAUCACAUGAAAUGGAAAAAAAGUGGGCAACAAAAUCCAGGAUGAAUGAGAGAAAGAUAUAAAAAAAUGAUGAUGAUCUCAAUUGACGUUUUUUUUUGGUGAAAAAGCAUAAUGACAUCAAGAAUAAUUGAUCAUUUUGAAUCAAUUCAAAGACAAAUGGGCUCGUUUGAAACCUAUAUAGACGAUGAAAUUAUCGAUAUUGAAACGAAAACUAUUCAUAAUGAAUUAUCCAAUCAUAUCAAUGUUCUCACAUGUACAAUUGAUCAUUAUAAUAAUCCACAUCGUAAUUAUCCACAAAUUCGAUCCAAUUCUGGUUCAAAAUGGCAAUGUAGUGGCCGAUAUAAACCUGAAAUGGGAUUAGGUCCUUUUAAAAAAUUAUUCAAUUUGAAUCAUCAUUCCGAUGAGAACCAGGAUGAUGAAAAUGAUUAUUAUCAAUUUGCAGCCACUAAUAAUAACAUUGACGAUCUCUACCACCACAGCAACAUCAACGAGAACAACAACGUAUAUCCAACAAUCGAACAAACGGAUUAUUUAAAUCAAAUUUACGAUAAACAAAAUAAUCCAACAUCGAGUAUUGCAACAAAUUCUUUCGAAAUUGAUCAUAAUAACAAUGUUUUUGAUGAUAUGAAUUACGAAUUUCAGAAUCAAACUCACUAUGAUAAUGUUGUGGUGCCAUCAUUUUCAGAUUUUCCAUACAACGAACAACAAACUCAAAACUCAUCGAUUGAUCAUUAUGGUAUUGAUGCAAAUCAAAUGCAAUUCGACAAUUUACAACAACAUUCAACAACUCAAAAUUAUUAUGAUUAUCUAAUCCCACCUCAAGAAUUCUCUGGAACAACAACAAUGAUGAUGACAAACAAUGUAUAUGAUGUGGAUGGAAUCGAUUUUGAUUGCUUUCCACCACUACCACCACCACCACCACCACCAACAAUUACAACAAUGGCAGUAUCUUAUUACACAGAAUAG